AUGCAUUUAUAUUUUCCUGUAUAUAUUUUAUUCCUCGCACUGCCGAUCUGCGCUUGGAGUGCCAUUAACUCAUUCGGUCCUAGGAAAUCUAAAAACUUGCUUGUUGUUGUAGACAUUUUAUCAAAGGACUGCAAUUCUAUGCCAACUGCUCUAGUAGGACUAGAAGAACUCCAAACAAAAACUCUGCGGAUUGAUGAUCUUGAAGACGGUGUGGUCAUCUAUUCUCAUGAUUUUGAGUCCGAUUCCGGAUCGAAUGUGUCCUCGGCGACCGUUCUUGGGCAUAAUUACUAUGCUCAAUAUCCAUUAUCUUUUGCAUGUGAAGUUGUUAUUCAUGCACCGAUAGAAAAUGGGCGGAUUAUGCUCUCAAUCGAAUCCUUUUUUAUUCCCUCCAGUGACCAAACCUGUAAAGACGAUUUCCUUUAUGUUUUCGACUCAAAUACAGCCCGAUCUAAGGCAAUGCCGGAAGCAGGUGGGGAACAGGGUCUUUGUCUUUCUCGAUACCCCAAAAUGCCAGUCCUGUCGUCAAAGUCCUACAUCUGCAUCGCCUUUCGUUCUUCCAAUUCCCCUCAAUCCCAAUUGCCGUCUAACGCUGCUGCGGCACCAGGAUUUAAAAUAACAGUCACGGCAUUUCAAGAAAGGAAUAUCUUAUGCCAAGCUUUCCAUCACAGUAGGAUGGGAAUUCGGGAUCUUUUGCCUAUAGUUGCUAUUAAAGUGAGUCAUUUGCCGCCAGAUCCCAGAGCUGUGGAAAAUCGACUGGGUAGUGAGGACCAGAUACUAUCUCCAAAUUGGUUCAAUUGCGCCGUUUGUUAUGCUGAGAAUAUGGGAGAAAUGGGGUUGGGUGGAAAUUGGCAAGGUCAAAAUUAUGCAUGUCCACAGGGUCGUUUCUAUUGUGGCAAUAUUGCCACCGUCGCUGCAUCAACGGGGGCCAGCAACGUCCUAGACUUUAAUAGAGGUGGCGGGUCAGCUGUUCGUCUGCCUUCUAUGGGCAUCUGUGUCUCGGAAAGAGUUCGUUGCGAUGGCGUUGUCAACUGUCCAGAUGGCAGAGAUGAAUCUCCCUCUUUGUGCAGCCGUUUUCAAGACUCAGACAAGGGAUUUUUCAAUCCCUUCCUUACCCUUGGACUGACUACAACCAUCGCAUUAGUUAUUACAGGUACCCUAUUCGUGGUACUCUGUCUUGGAUGUGUAGUCUGUUACUGUUGUUUUCGAAAGCGCUCCAACUUGGGUGGUCCCAAUUCACCCAACACUGUUGGCAUCACAGUAUUCAAUGGUGCGAAUCGUCCAAUAAGUGAUGAACUGGGUGGACAACAAGUGGAUCCUUCCACGCUUCUUAACGGAAUGCACAAAUCUCCGGAAGCCUUCCAGAGUCAAAUGUUGCAACAUCAACAGCAAAUGAUGAUUACUCCAGGAAAAUCGAUGGGAGAUUUGUAUCAUCACCAACAGGUUUCAUCUAACGCUCCCAUCCUUAGACAAUUUCAGAACCAACAGUCCCAUCCGAAUCCUGGAGUUUGGAAUAUGCAACCUGUUUGUUGUCCUCCACCUCCGACACAACCCCAUCAACCCCAGUGGUACCCACAGCAACAGCAGCUGCCUAUGCAGAACAAUCGACCAAUGGCAAUGCAACCUCAAAAUAAGUCUCCUCUACCACCCCAUUGUAGAAUUUCAGAUCCAAAGGUAAAUAGACCUACAGCCGAUUCUCGUUGUUUCAUCGGUUCACCAUCUCCUGCUAAUGUUCUUCCAUGUCCACCGGCUCCUGCUUCUACACAACAGCAGGUCUCUUCAACAUCUUCUCAAAAAUCUCCCCUCCAUUCUACUCGUUUUGACAACUUCCAACAUCUAAAUUCUCCAGACAAUGCUCACCUUGUAGCCGAUGGAGGAAUUGUCUAUCUUGGAGAGAUCGGUGGUGGCACUGGCUCUGGAAGCGGUGGGUCCCAUCUUACUGGAUCACGUGAUCACAGACGCCCACGGAGACGUUCUGGGCGUACUGUUGACACUCAGUCCUCCUCCAGCUUCGGCGGCGGUCCUUCCACACGUGGUGCCCAAUCAGCUGAAGGUGCACCGCGAACCGCAAGCAAUAGUUCACAUUCUAUAGGUCCAUCAUGGUCCUCAAGUCGUGGCACAGCAGCGAAUAAUCCCAACAAUGCCAAUAGUAACUCGGCUGUUAGACCACAUUAUCAUCACCAUCAUCAUAGACGCCGCAGACAUGGUGGUGCUGGUGGUGGAGGCAUGAGAUCUGAUGUUCCCAUUGUGCUUUUGAGCCUUCAAGUACUUGUUCAAGGGGGUUUACUUGGCGAUAUUUUUAAUGGAAGACAAAAACAAAACGAAAAUCAAGUUGAGAGUAUUGAUUCUAGGCUUCCUGUUUCAUUUCAAGAUGUUCUGAAGGCACCAAGACAAAUGCCUGGAUCGAAAAGUGGAAACAAGAUUGCCAAGGUUCUGAAAGAUGGAAAGGGUGUGUUAAUUUAUUUAUCUUUGAUAAUUUAUCCAUAUUUUUCUCCAGUAGAUGAUAUUUCUUGGAAUGAGAAAGUUUGGGCUUACGUCGAUUCUCCCCAGAACCUAAUUCCCAUUCCCCGAGCGCCUACACCAACCUUCGGACAAGUGGUUCCAAAACCACAGGUCUGGCACAAAGAUGAAGUUUUCUUCAAGUUAUCACCUGCUUUCAAUAUCUCUAUCAACGGCCCUUCUAACUAUAUCCUUAAAAAAGCCGUCAGUCGCUACGACCGUCUGACCAAAAGCUGCUCACGUCUUUCUACAUUUUCUCGUUUCUCUGUACCUCGAAGUAUCUCAGAUGAGGAGAUUGAUGAAAAUCUUCACGAUGUCUCUCGAUUAAACAUCAAAUUUCCCCCAAGAAAACUGGCUACCCAUCUUUAUGGACCUGAUGCUAGUGAAUUCACUUUAUUUCCUCCUUGCCCCAACCAUAAACCUCACUCACUUGCCAUCGAAUGUCUUCAAAUCGCUGUGAAAAGUCUCGGUCACUUUUGGCCCUCUGCUGAGAUGAAUGAAUCCUACUCUCUGGUGGUUGAUUCUGACGGAGUUAAGAUAAUUGCCAAAGAGGUUUGGGGAGCGAUUCGUGCCCUUGAAACAUUCAGCCAGCUUCUUUGGUGCUCACCAAGCGGCUAUUCGAUAUUCAUUAAUCGUACCUUCAUCAAUGAUUUCCCCACUUUCUCCCAUCGAGGUUUGCAUCUAGAUACUGCGCGUCAUUUCAUCUCGAAGCACACUAUUCUUGUCAAUUUGGAGGCCAUGGCAUUCAGCAAAUUCAAUGUUUUCCACUGGCACCUCGUUGAUGAUCAGUCUUUCCCUUUCGCCAGCAAAACAUUUCCCGAACUCCACAAGAAGGCAGCCUACCACCCCAAAAUGGUCUAUACUCAUGCAGAUAUCAAGGAAAUCAUUGAGUUCGCGAGGGUACGAGGUAUUAGAGUUAUCCCUGAAUUUGAUAUACCAGGCAAAUAUUUGAAAGUUUCAUUUAAAAGUACAUAUCACCUUUUUGAAAAGCAAUUCAAUCAAGUUAGAAACUCAACCGAUCAGGGCGUAGAAACUGGAAGCAAACGAGACGGGCGCAGAGUUUACGUUUGCUUGUUUAAUUACUCUAUUUGCACAGGUCACACGCGUUCAUGGGCCUACUCUCACCCCGAGCUCUUCGUCAAGUGUUACGAGUCCGACUCCGAAUCGCCUUAUUAUGGCGGUCUUGAUCCAACCAAAGAGGCGACUCUAGAUCUCCUUGUGAAAUUAUUUAAAGAAAUUAUUGAACUUUUUCCCGAAAGCUACCUACAUAUGGGCUUUGAUGAAGUUGAAUUCAAUUGUCUGGAGACCAACCCACACAUACAAAACUACCUCUCCGAGCAUCAAUUGCAAACAUCCCUCGAUGCAAUAAAGCUCUUCACUGUAAGGUUGUUGAACAGUAUCCAAGUUCUUGCAAAGAAUUCAUCCAUGACUGGGGGAAAGAAGUUUAUCUUCUGGCAGGAGGCUUUUGAAUCGGGACUUAAGCUGCCCAGCAAUUCUGUGAUUCACCAAUGGAAGGACCUAUUUUCGUCACCUGGAUAUUUGGGAUUCCCGUCCAUUAUUUCCAAGGGCUGGUACUUGGAUUCAUACUUUUAUCCUUCUGAAUGGAUAAAGUAUUACGAGAACAACCUCUUUCCAACCCAAGAUCUCGGGGAUACAUUUAACAAAAACAGAAGUAAAAAUGUGCUAGGUGGUGAAGCCUGCAUGUGGAAUGAAUGGCAGUCGGAUGAGACUGUGAUUCAACGAAUUUGGCCUGUUAUUUGUGCAAUUGCUGAACGACUUUGGAAUCACAAUUCUCCCGAUACUGAUGAAUUCGCUCCAAGACUGGAAGAAAUGCGUUGUCGACUUUUGCGACGUGGUGUCCGAGUGGGAGUGACUGGUGGGCCAGGAAUGUGUCCUCUUCCUCUGAACGCUGAUAUCAACCCCCCUCGCGUCUUCCUAAAUGAAUACGUUGACGAUUUCCCUUUUGUCAUUGGCCAGAAAGCCAAUCUCUUAGAUUUCGGUUCCACUAACCUCAUCAUUUUCUUCGGCGUUGUGGUCUUCACCUUCGGCUACAUUACCAGUAAACUGAACCUUUGCUCGCGUUUCCAACGUGCUUUAAAGAGGCUCUUUCAUGGAAUACUUCGAUUCAAAAUCAGAAAGGCAUGGUCCUUUCAAUGUCGAAAUGCCCUAUGUCUUGUCCUUCCUGUAUGCUUUUUUAUAUUCAUGGGUCUCCUACUCCUCUUCUCCGCAAACGUCAGUCGAGUGGGUUCGAACCCUAAGCCUGUAGAUUGA